CCAGCUAUGCUUUAAACUAAUAAGUUCGAUACCAACAAUAAACUGUAGAAUUUUCCAAUAAAAAACGUCAUAUGUUAACAUUUUAACAUUUGCCAAACAAAUUCAUCAUGAUAAACUGUCGCAACUAAUUGGUUCAUAUCAUAUGUAAUGGACAUUGCUUCAUAUCCCCAACCACUUCAAAACAAACAUUAGUUGGACUGCUAUGGCCUAUCUACAAUGUCUUAUUUCGUCAAUAUAUUCGAGCAUCUCUUCGAUUUUUUUCCCCCUCUUUGAUAAGACGAACGAUUUGAUCUGCAUUCGUACACAGAUCAAUAAGAUGGUUACUCUCAACAACACAAAACAGGGUUUGAGUCACGAUUUAAGUCGACCCACCGAGGGCGUGACGAGCGGGGUCAUCAACGUAUGUCAUUGGGAACUGCUUCCAGCAGUUCCCCUCCACGACCAUCAAGCAUUCUGGAAACUCGCAAGACCUAAAAGCGAAAUCGACCCCCCUUUCUUCUAUCACGUCCCCCAUUUCUUCAUACAAUUAGCUUCCGUCCUAUACGGCAUUCACCUUCUCUCGCUCGUCCUCAAACCAUUGCGCCUCCCUCGUUUCUCCGUCGAAACGCUGGCAGGGAUUCUGGUUGGUCAGGCAUUGGAAACAUGGAAUCCAGAUUACACAAUCCCUCUCCCUACCAUCAAGGUGCUAGACACCCUAGGACCCUCGGGCCUCAUGUUCUACAUUUUCCUAGUAGGGCUGGAGAUCGACCUGUCCACUGUUCGACACGUGGGACGGGAGGCAUUCUACACGGGGCUAACCGGUAUGGUGCUUCCUCUCUUCGUAGGGUUCGUCGAGUUCUUCGUAGUAGCUGCCGACCCGAGGUACCAGAACUUCUUCACCCCGGAGUUCUGGAACCACCUGGAACCAGUUAAGCUGACCGGACCGAUCUACUGGGCAGUCGCCCUUGGCUUCACCAGCUUCCCCGAUCUAGCCAGGGCUCUCUCCGACGUCAAGCUGCUCCACACCGACGUCGGAAGGCUGGCCCUGUCGUCAUCCAUCGUCUGCGAGCUCGCGACGUGGAUCCUCUACGUCGUCGCGCUGAUGCUGAACAACGGCAGGUUCGACCCCGUGUACGCCCUCCCUACGCUAGCCUUCGUGGUCGCGUCGUGGCUCCUCCGCCCCACGGUGGCCUGCACCCUCAGGCAUGCCUACGAGACGGACAACAAGUUCCUCCUCAACUUCAUCGUCUUCGGCGGGAUCAUGACCUCUGCAGGCAUCACCAAUGCCUGCGGCGCCAACUCGAUGGUUGGCGCCUUCGUUUUCGGGCUGAUCAUCCCCACCAGGGAUGAUGUGUCCGUGAGGAUCAUGGAGAAUAUGGAGGACAUUGUCAAAGGGGUUUUCAUCCCCGUGUAUUUCUUGGACAAUGGGGUCAGGACCAGCUGGCGUAUCGUCAUCCACCCGGACUUCAAGACUCCUGUCCACACCGUUGUCCUGCUCGUGGUCGUGGCUUGGUCGGCUAAGCUCGUCUGUACUUUUGUUUUCUCCAAGCUCGCGGGGAUGGCUACUCGUGAAGGCUUCACUCUUGGGGUCCUCAUGAACGCGAAAGGGCUUCUCGCUUUGAUGAUCAUCAACAAUGGCCGCAACAACCAGGGCUUCAACCAGAUGAUGUUCAUGGUGCUGAUUCUCUCGAUGUUCAUGAUGUCUGUCACUGUGAUGCCCUUGGCCAAAGCGGCGACCAAGUCCAGCCGAAGGUCCAGCCAAUCCAACCGCAGAACGGUAGAGAGCAACAAGCUAGAGUCAGAGCUGAGGAUUCUAACGUGCAUUCACUCGACGCGUAACCUGUCAGGGAUGAUCAGCCUCGUAGAGCACUGCAAUGCCAACAAGCACUACCCGAUCUCCGUCUUCGCCGUCCAUCUGGUCCAGCUCACAGAUCGACGCGCCACAGCGAUGCUGAUCGUCCACGACAGCGGCGACUCGCAGCAUCAUGUAUUCGAAGGCGGGUCGGGGCAGAACCCGAGCCGUCGGGAGGAAGAGUCGAAGCACAUCAUCGCGAGUUUCGAGAGCCUCGAGAGUCGAGGCGCCUCGGUGUCUGCUCAGUCGCUCACCGUGGUGUCCCCCUACGCGACGAUGCACGAGGACAUCGACUGCGGAGGGGAGGACAAACGGGUGGUGCUCAUCCUGAUGCCUUUCCACAGACAAGCCGAUGUUUAUGGGAAGUUGCAGGACGAGAAUUUGAACUGGGGGACCGUGAAUAGGAACCUGAUGGCCGCGACUGCUUGCUCCGUAGGUAUACUCGUGGACCGUGGGCUUGGCUCCAAGGACAGGACAGUACAACCACGGUCGUCAUUUGCUGUGAUCUUCGUAGGAGGACCGGAUGAUCGGGAGGCUCUUGCUUUUGGAUGGAGGAUGGCGAAAUCGCCUAACGUCAAUCUCACCGUCCUUCGACUCCUCCCCACUGACGAUAUUGAUCGCGACGGUGAUGGUAAUGGCAAAGAAGAAGGAUCAGUGGAAGGGGGAAAGGAAGGAGUCGAGAUCGAGAUCGAGAUCAGGAGCAGGAUACACGAAAAGGAGCUAGAUGACGAGUACGUAAACGAGUUCAGGUUCAGGACCAUGCAUGACGAAAGCAUAAAUUACAUUGAAAAACGAGCGAAGACGGAGGUAGAGGUGAUCAUGACUAUAGCGCGAAUGAUCCCAUCUCGCGAUCUAUACAUACUCGGACAGAAUGAGAAUGCGACGCCUUCCAUCAUGUCGGGGUUAUCAGAAUGGAUGGAGCACGACGAGUUGGGUGUCUUGGGGGACACGUUACUGACGUCUGAAUUUGCCGAGCGGUCAUCCCUUCUUAUUAUCAAGCAACACUAUGUUACCAGGGCGGUCAUCCCUUCUUAUUAUCAAGCAACACUAUGUUACCAGGGCGCGCAUGCGGAUCAGUAACGAAGAUCAGGGUUGUGGCAACAGCCUUAACCCAGAAACUGCCUGUUCUUCUUGAUUCUUGUAAAAGUGCUUUAAUCCAGCCCGAAAUACAUUCUAAGCAUUCAUAGAUUCUAUUGUCCCAUCAUAGCCUCAAUCUCCAAAAGUAUGAUGAAAAUGCAGCAAAUUCGUAACCCAAACCUCAAAUUUAAACAAAAAAAUUCACCGCAGUUCUGUACUGUUAAAUCUAUGUUUGUACUCCUUUGUAACACAACAUCUCUUCCAGAUUAGUGAUUCCUGAUGCAGGAGAAACACAAAAGCGAAAAUAUGUGAUGUUACAACGAAGGGGAAGCAUCAUCAUAGGAAAGUUGCGCGACUUCUGGAUCUUAAAACGCUCCUAACUUGGAAAUAGUUCUCUGGAAGAGGGAAUGAAAUAUGCAGAGUACA